CACUAAGCCUUUUCCAUCCAACUCAACUGUGAAAAGCAAUAACCUCUUAAUUACAAGACCUUACCAAUACUACUAUGAUGGCUAUUCGUUUGCCAAGUGCCUUGAGUGCUAGACACAUUCUUCGCAGAUCUAAUGCAGCUGCAACAUCACUGGAUGUGCCUAAAGGGUACUUUGCUGUGUAUGUAGGAGAAGGUGAAAAGAAGAGAUUUGUGAUACCAGUGUCAUUGUUGAAUCAGCCUUCAUUUCAAGAACUGCUAAGUAUAGCUGAGGAAGAAUUUGGCUUCACUCAUCCAAUGGGUGGCCUUACCAUUCCCUGCACAGAAGACAUUUUUGUUAACAUCACCUCUGGCUUACAUAUAUAGGCUAUGACAUGAUGCAGCCAAAGUAAAUCUGGCGACUUUUUUUGUUGCAUAGUUUUUGCCUUUCAACAUGGGGUUGUGAAAAAUUGACCCAUGCAGAAAGGUUUACUUAUACUAUGUAAUUGGAUUUUCAGAUUAUGUUGGAAGUGUAUCAUAGGCAAAGAACAUUACUAUAUCUCAUGUUCAUUUUUUUUUCCUCUUC